AUGAACACAAACAAAGCAGAAGCUGAACGGUUACUAGAAAUCGGGGAAGAGCUUUUACAGAAACGAGAUCUGAAAGGUUCACGAGAAUUAGCCAUUCUCGUUCAAGAAACCGAGCCUCUUCUAGAAGGUUCCGACCAGAUCCUAGCAAUCGUCGAUGUUCUAGAAGCAGCUGAAAAGCCUCUGAACCUCAACAACCACCACCUCGAUUGGUACGCCAUUCUUCAAAUCGAUCGGAAUUCGCGAGAUUCGCAGGAUCUGAAUCUCAUAAGGAAACAGUAUCGGACUCUGGCUCUUCUUCUUCAUCCUGAUAAGAAUCCAUUUUCAUUCGCCGAAUUAGCUUUCAAGCUUGUUUCUGAUGCUUGGGCCGUGUUGUCUGACCCGGCCCAAAAGACCCAAUAUGAUAGGGGGUUUGAAGUGGAGGAGAAUGGGUUGGGUAGUUUUUGGACUGCUUGUCCUUAUUGUUACUGUUUGUAUGAGUAUGCUAAGGUUUAUGAGGGGUGUUGCUUGAUGUGUCAGAAAUGCGAUAAGUCGUUUUGUGGUGUUUCUAUUCCGAAUCUUCCACCGCUUGUUCCGGGGGAAGAGGCUUAUUAUGUUUCUUGGGGGAUGUUUCCGAUGGGGUUUGUGUUUGAGAGUUUGGAAAAUGGUGGUGGUGGUGGUGGUGCUAAGAGAAAGUGA